UGGCCUCGCCACGCCUCCGUCGGUCCGGAGGAGCCGCGGCCCCGGCGGGAUCCGGCAGGGCAGGAGCAUCCAUCACCGGGCGGGCAAGGAGCAUCAUCACCCGGCGGGCACCGAGCACCAUGGCAGGCAAAGCCCACAGGCUGAGCACGGAGGAGAGGGAGCAGCUGCUGCCAAACCUGAGAGCUGUGGGGUGGAACGAGGUGGAAGGCAGAGAUGCCAUCUUCAAAGAGUUCCACUUCAAGGACUUCAACCGGGCUUUUGGCUUCAUGACCAGAGUGGCUCUACAGGCAGAAAAACUGGAUCACCAUCCUGAGUGGUUCAAUGUGUACAACAAGGUUCACAUCACCUUGAGCACCCACGACUGCGGGGGUUUGUCGGAGCGAGACAUCAACCUGGCCAGCUUCAUCGAGCAGGUGGCAGCUUCCCUCUCCUGACCAGGGAUCCAGCAGCCAAAAACCCCACUGUGCCACCGUGUCCUGCACCCAGAGCCUUUUCCCACUUCCAAGCUAGAUCCUGGAUCCAGACAGCCUGACACCCUGCCAGCCCCCCCAGCGCAGCUUAGAUGGAUGGAGGCACUGCUCAGGGUGUACGUAUCCAUCUCUGAUCGUGCACAUUCCAUCCUUAAACCCUUCCUUAGCCAUGUGAUCCCACACCCCCAGCUGCUGAGCCUCUUACCAGGAGUCAGUCAUAUCACAGAGCCACGGGAUGGUUUGGGUUGGAAGGGAUUUUAAUGAUCACCUUGUUCCAACCCCCUGCCAUGGGCAGGACACCUUCCACUAUCCCAGGUUGCUCCAAGCUCCAUCCAACCUGGCCUUGGACACUUCCAGGGAUCCAGGGGCAGCCACAGCUCCUCUGGGCACCCUGUGCCAGGGCCUGCCCACCCUCACAGGGAAGAAUUUCUUUCCACUAUCCCAUCUAGACCUAUUCUGUGUGAAUCCAUUUCCCCUUGUCUAUUACUACAUGCUCUUGUAGAAAGUCCUUCUCUGUGCUUCUUGUCAGUUCCUUCAGCCACUGGAAGGCUGAAGUGAGGUCACCCCAAAGCUUCUCUUCUCUGGGCUGAACAAUCCCAAUUCUCUCAGCCUUUCCUCAUAGCAGAGGUGCUCCAUCCCCUCUGAUCACCCUGGUACCUCCCCUGGACUCGCUCCAACAGGUCGAUGUCCUUCCAGAGUCAAGUUACACCAGUAAAUCUGUCCAGAGCCUGCCCCCGUUGUGCUUUCUGCUUAAAACCCAUUUUGUGACCCCUUUGGCUUCUGUGUAGCCAGGCAGCAAGGUGCUGUGCAGUUUGUCAUUGCUGUAACCCCUCUCCAGCAGUAUUACAUCAGGCAGAUGGUCUCACCCCGACUGGAGCCAGCCUUUCCCGGGAUACCAACUGAAAAUGUUUACAAUAAACAUCUCCUUUAAC